AGAGCGUUGGCAGUUGAUAGCACAGUUUUAGGACUUGGUCAGGUGCGCAACAAGCAGGUAAGGAUUUUUUUUCCAUCCAAUUCCAUAUCAUUCGAAAAAACUUCUUGAAAGUUAUAUAAAUAUACUAAACAUACCAAGAACAUUUAUAGAAUCCAAAAAAAUUAAAGGGAAGAAAUCGAAAUCCUCAAAAAUGUUUUUGAUAAUUCACCGACAAUAAGAAAAUUGCAUAAAAAUGUAUAAAAUGUAAGUUAAAAAGUCCAUAAGCUUUUAGAUUCCAAUAUAUUUGUCCAUAAACAUUAUAUAUGCCACUGAACCAUAUAUAUGCCUCUAAACAAUAUAUACGAUCCAGAGCAAUAUAUAUGUCCCUGAUCAAUACAAGUACCCCUUAACAAUAUAUAUAUAUAAAUAUAUAUAUAUAUAUAUAUAUAUAUAUAUAUAUAUAUAUAUAUGACACAGAAAAACAUACAGCUUUAAGGAAAAUUAUAUAUUUAAUAUCCCAUCCACCCCAUCCCCCACCACUAAACUCUUGUUGAUGAUUGAACUUCCAAAGUGAACGAUUUUCGAACAUGAAAAAAAUUCUCCACCACUGCCAUUUUAAAUGUUAUUUCAAAGAGAGGCCCAUGUGGUGCCAUGCCAAAAGUUUCCGUAUUAAUUAUGCCUGGGGAAAGGGGCCGAAUAAAAUCCAUUCAGAUAAAUAAUGGAGUUCAAAAUUUUAACUUUUCUUAUUAAAAUAGGUAUCAUAACGCAGGAGAAAUACAAUUAUUUUGAAAUAGUUUGAGUUUUCUAAAUAUUCUCUUACAGGCCCGAAUGGAGUGGAUAUUAUUACUUUUAAAUCCGGUGAUUCAAUAUGGAAUUUGAAGUUUGGGGCUAAGGAGCUCGACCUCUAUUGAUAGUCUAAGCCUACUGUUAUUUAUACAAAUAAUUUAAUUAAAAAUCAUAUCGAAAGAGUGGUUAUCAUGAAUUGAAUUCGGUACCAUUCAUGAUUUGUAUGUCUAUAACCCAUCCAGAGUAGGCUUAUUUAGUUUGGGCUCGAUCCAUCCAAAUCAUGCGAUACCCUGCCUGUGAUCUUAUAACAUAAGAUAGCCCAAAUAAAAAAAAGUUUGAUGGAUCGAUUAUAUGAAAAGGGAAUCUGAGGUUCACAAAGAAACAAAAGUAAACAAUGUCCGUAUAACAAGUUUAAUUUAUUUUUUUCAACUUUCUCUGACACAUGACUCACACCCAUAUCACUUAAGUAAAUCAAGUCAGUAAUUGCAGAAAUAACUUUUGAGUGACGUCAGUCUAUCCCAAGACUUAUCUCUGAUAACACGCUCGCAACGCUUUUCUUGCCAUUUUUUUUUUUUGUUGCUAAGGCAGUGAUUCUCAACUUUCCUAAUGCCGCGACCAUUUAAUACAGUUCGUCAUGUUGUGGCAAACCCCCCAAGCAUAAAAAUUAUCUUCGUUGCUUCUUCAUAAAUAUGUGUUUUCCGAUGGUCUUAGGCAACACCUGUGUAAGGGUCGUUCGACGUUAAGAUGGGGUCGGGCCCCACAAGUUGAGAACUGCUGAGCUAAGUUAGGGGAUUUAAUAGUUUUUUCAGACAUUUGCAUUAACUAGGUUUAGUGAUCGGAAACUCGCGGCUGUCUAGGAAGAAAGAUGUCCAUCGUUUUGCAGUAAAUUAUAUUGUAUAAUUGAAAUUUAACUAUUGUGCCCCAACCAGGUAGCGUCUUAAAUAUGUUCUUACAAAAAGUAAUCUAAUAAAUUUUUCAUAAAUGGCAGCUGACCCGAACGAAGCAUGGCGAUUAACCCUAAGCUGGGAUAGCAAACAAAAAAGAACCUUGCGAUCAAAAUAUGCAAAAAAGAACGUUAAUACAAGAGCUAAAUAAACACCUUCGUUUUCUGGCCUUGAAAGCUUCAGCUUAGAAAUAAAAAUAACCGAAAGGAUAUGUGCCAUGUUUACUUUUGAUUGGGUUAUGGCGGCUAAUUUUAUUUAUGGAAAACAAUCGCAAAAAGCUCAAACAUAUACACACAUACACGCAAGUACACUUAAAAUAUUCUCAAUACACACACACACACAUACACGUUUAGGGACUUUUGUGAGAGAUAAAAAUGUUAAACACCUAUUUCCGUAAAUGGUUUUGAUUCCGUAAGCAUACCCCCCUUCUCCCCUCCCCUCAAUCAAUGGCGUUCCUAACGCAGAUAAUAUAGUGUUUUGUUUUCAUUACCAAACAGAUGCAGAACCAAAACAAACCUUUUCAUAUCAACCUUGCAUCGCAGAAAGCGUCACGUAUUGCACCAUUGGCCACAUAUUGGAAUGGCUCUUAUCUUAAAGUCAUUUCCAGUCCAUACGAAUGCUGGGAGAUCUGACGAUUACCUAGCUAUUCAAAGUAAAAAAAAAGAAACUCAUACUGGCCUAAUGGUAAAACUACAUGGUUGGUUAGAAAGGUCAAUAUUUGCUUGGUAUUUGGUCCGAGAAUGACUCAAUCCAGCGAUUAAAUAAACAUUGGCGUGGGGAGGGGAGGGGGGGGCCCAUUCCGUCACCUUUGAAAUAUACAACUCGUUGAAGUUUUCAGUUUUUAUUAUAAUCAUUAAACACUCAAACUGCUGUUAUUAUUUUUCCUGGGGACAAAAAAAAAAAGAAGACUUUUAAUGAGUUUGAAUUUUUUUUUCAGAAAAUGCAAGGACUCCAAAUAUUCAAAUUUUCUAUUAAAAUUCUCAUCAAUCCAGUAUCCAAUGUAUAUCUUGCAGCUUCAUAACAAUGACCACCUACAAAAUGGACUACGCGAACCGGGGCACAGCUGUCAUCAUAAACAACAAGAACUUCUCCAAGUUGAAGGCAAGGGACGGCACUGACGUGGAUGCCGCCAACAUGGAGAUGCUGCUGACGACGAUCGGGUUCAAGAGUAUACGACGUAAAAACGACCUCACGGCCAAACAGAUCAAAGAUGAACUUAAUGAAGGUACGAUCUGCGGUUCCAAUCUACGAUUAAUGAAAUAAUGCCUUUUACUAAUCAAUUAAUUUUUUUUUUUCAUUUCUAUGAUGUAUAUUUUGUUGUGUAACAAUUUAAGUUAGCUACAUACCCUUAAAAAUAUAUGAGAACGCGUAUAUCUCGUAUAUCUCCAAAAUAAAGGGUAGAGAAGCACAUCUACUGUUUACAAGAAGCCUAACUUAGACGAGAGUCUUCGAUUUAAAUGUCGAUAAGGAAUUAAUUCAUGUGACUUUAUUGAACUGAUGGGGGUUUUAUCUUUUGAGGGCUUGACAAUACUGUGCACUUGAAAUGUAACGUGGCUUUUUAGAGUUUGUUGGGGUAUUCAUUUCCAGCAUCGAGACAAGACCACUCAUCCAACGGUUGCUUCGUCUGCGUUAUUCUAACCCACGGCGAGAAGGAUUUCAUCUACGGCACGGAUGGGCCACUGGCCAUAAAGGAUGUGAUCCUACCGUUCACGGAUGAGAAGUGUCCGGCGUUGGUGGGGAAACCUAAGAUAUUCUUUAUACAAGUGAGAAAUAGACGUAGAUAUGUAUAUAUUUUUUAAAAAAAUUAAUUACUGUUUAUUUUUUAGUUCCUUGUUAUGUUAAUAUGACCCAUUUUGAUGGUACUUGUUUUGUGUUUUUUUUUCUCAAAGUGUGUUAAUGUCAAUGUUAAUGAAAAAACGACGACAACUUAUUGAAAUGAAUCCUUACAUGUCAUUCUAAUGGAGAAUUGUAAAUAUACAUUACAUAUUGGACCUUUAGUUCUAACUUUGAUACACAAAAUGUAAUUUGAGCUUGUGUUUAAUUUGGCUUCUAUAGUUGCACUACAUGAUACAUACGUAAACUUUUUUUUCUCAAUACACUUACGUAUAAAGUUAUCGGUCCCAAGUCAUCAAAAAACAACAACAACAACAACAUAUCGUACACUGAAAACAAAAAUGUGUUAUUCAACUAGUGUUAUAAUAUUAUAAAUGAGUGGAUGUGCGCAGCAUAGCAAGCAGAAUGAUCCGGAUGUGGAGUCCCGUAGAAACAUCGCACUCACUCUACAACUCCGGCUUUUCAAGUGACGCCCCUGGCUGCAUAGAUGCCUGUUAAAUUGUUAAUAUUCUUAAUCCUUGGACAUGCUUUCAACCAAAGUCAAACAUACACAUAUACACCAUGUGGUUUUGUUUGUUUGCUUUUUUAAAUGUUCCUAUCAAUGUCAAGACAUCAGCCUUGUCAAAUUAGCAACUGACAUACCGAUAAAAUCGCACAUUAUAUUUACUGGAAACAAAUUUCAACGACUGAUUAAUGGCUCCGUAACACUCCAAAAAGACACAAUCAAAUGGUAGGAUAUUUUUUUUGUUCAAAGUGGUAAUCUCUUUCUUCACUCUCCUCCGCUCAGGCGUGCAGGGGUGGUGAAUAUGAUGAAGGCGUGGAUGCUGUGGACUCCAAAAAAGAACCGGAAGUUGUGGAGACGAUCAUUCCUUUCCAUAUCGAUUUCUUUAUAGCCUACUCGGUUACACCAGGUAAUCAUAUCUUUCAAACAGUCUUAGCUACUGUUUUUUCACAUUUAACAUUAUAACUUAAUGUAAUCGAUCUUUUUUUUUUGUUCCCUUGCAUCGAUGCAUUGCUAUUUCAUAUAGUCGAUACCUUAUUACUUAAGAUAAUCGAUAACCAUUUUUUCAACGCAUACGUUAAGCCAUUUCCAUAAACUCUCGGAAAAGAAGACAUCUCUUUUUUUUUUCAAUCUUUUUUUCUCACAAAGUGAUAUUUAUUAAAACAUUAUACUAAAAUUCCAUACGGAACUUUUAUUACCUGAAUCCGCAUAAAGAAACAUAGCCCCUGUGGAAAGAAAUGGUUUCAUUGUCUUUGCUGUAAGCAUGUAUGUAUUGAAAUUGUUACAUUUGGAAUGUCGUCUAAGAAAGACGUGAGCCAAAGCUUUUCGAGGUACCUCCACCUAACCCCAUCUCGCGGGGUCCUCCCUCCUUUUAAAUACGAAGGGUACCGGGAGAUAGUCCCCUUUGGGAUGCUUCGCCCUAUCGACCAACCAUCCUGCUACCCCAGGAACACCACGCCCUCUCCAGCCAUCCGUGGGGGGGGGGGGGGCUUGAUCCUUUAUUUUCGGGGGGGGAAAAGAGACAACUUAUAUGUGAAGCAGGCAUUAAUAGUUUUCUUUUUGUUUGUUUUUAACACUUCUUAGUCCUAUCGACCAACCAUCCUGCUACCCCAGGAACACCACGCCCUCUCCAGCCAUCCGUGGGGGGGGGGGGACUUGAUCCUUUAUUUUCAGGGGGAGAAAAGAGACAACUUAUAUGUGAAGCAAGCAUUAAUAGUUUUCUUUUUGUUUGUUUUUAACACUUCUUAGGCUACGCAUCUUGGCGAAAUGGGAAAAUGGGUUCCUGGUUCAUCCAGGCCAUCGUCGAAGUCUUCAGCAAGAAAUGGAAAAGCCUUGACCUCAUGACCAUGAUGACCCGGGUCAACAAGAAGGUGGCCUACGACUUCGAGUCCUACUCCAAGGACCCCGACCGUGACCGGAAGAAACAAAUCCCGUGCAUCGCGUCCAUGCUGACGAGAGACGUCUUCUUCGAGCUUUAGUUUCCUAUAAAAUAAUAAUGGUGUUUCCUAUAAAAUAAUAAUGGUAUUCACUUUUAUUGAAUAGCUAAAUGGCACUAGACGGUCAUGACAGCUCUCACUACCCAGAUUUAAUUGGGAAGCCCACUGUUGACUUCAUAUUUUAGAGCUUGUUUGACCUGGCCUAAUUGUGGUGAAUGGGUUCUGUUACAAACAACAGACAAAAGUGAGAGUGUUCAAGAAAGUAACAAAAAAAAAAAUGUCGCGAAAUGUUUUAUUUUAUAUUAACUUACUUGCCGGAUUGUGUAUGCAAAUUGUAUGUUUUAAGCUAGUUAUUGAUCGUCCUAGAAUGUGUUCACUUGUAUUUUUUUUCUCCUCAAUAACUAUGCAUAGAAUCCCCAACACAUACAAUGUGACCCAUCAGACAGACUAUAAAGUUCAAAGGUCAAACGGGUAUUGCAAGUUUUAAACUAAGACCGUUCAUGUUUUUUAAAUAAUUCUAGUCUGAAGCUGCUUAUGAAAACUCGUACUUUCAUUUGACUAGCACAAACUAGAACACUUUCUACUGCAUUAUGCAUGUGACAACAAAUCUCAAAGCCGAGUUAACCGAGGAAUUAACGCAAACAAUAUUUGUCAUUUACUGGCCAAACGGUUGACCGUGAUGCAUCAAUGACAUCAUACGCACAAAGAGAGGGGCAAUAGAAAUUUUAAAUACACGUUUAAAUAAUAUUUGACCAGCCUUGGGUCACGUUCUGCACACGGGCUCUCAGAUUUCAAUCUUUAUUUAGUCACUGUAUUUCUUAUGGUUAUUUUUUUUAUUGCACACGCAACACGGUGUGUUCUGGUCAGUUCCGAUUCACUGUACGUGAUAGCAUUUUUUUUUUAAAUCACUUGAAUACAUCUCCAUAGUGCCAUGCAAAUGUUCAUAUUUUAAAAUGUACAUGUAUCAUUGCUUUAAUGUUUACAAUUACAGAUCUGCAUUUUUUAUAUUUAUUUCCGAGCCUUCUAUAAACUGUGAUAAACGCUUCUCUUCUGGCAAUUUUAUCACUAUGCGUUACAGUAGAAAUGAAAACGCCAGAUGCGUUGUUAUUAUAUUUCGCUCUUAGUAAAUAUUAAUAGUGUAACUAUUAUACAUUUCUCAUAUUGUAAGUCAGAAAAAUAAAGAUGUUAAAACAAUCUUUUAUUUUAACGUCAAUUUUGUUCUUGUGUUUCUGGCUGGACGGCAAAACUUUAAGACGACUAAUUCACCCACGUCCCGUCAAUCUAUCGGGCUGAAACUUGGCACAUAGACUCGUCGCUGCUUACAAAAUGAUACAUUAAAUUUUCAGCUCCACUUCCCAAUCCCCCAACAUCAGUUGUCCCUAUUUUUUUCAAGGGAAAGAUGAAGGAAUUAUGAUGCCAUUGGUUUCAAGAGAUCAAAUUCCCAAAAACAGCGCUAAAUAAGAUUUUAAAAAAUAAUAAAAUUAACAAGUGCGUUUGGUGCUAAUAUGUUCUUUUGUUUUUCUGAAAUAGUGGGUGAAAUAAAUCUGCGGUGUAAAAGAGGGUGGGCCAUUAGAACAUUAAUAUAAAAUAAUAAAACAUGCAUAUAAAGGAUUUAUAAAG